AUGGCUAGCUCCAGGCUUUCUAUUCUCUGCAUUGGGUGCUCCAUCCUCUUACUCUUGGGGGCUUGCGAGGAAUCCACAGAGAUCCGAGGUGUGGGCGAUGCAGCUGAUGAAAGCCAGGAGGAAAAAGAAAUGAUCGAAGAGUUGCAAGAGAUCUUGGAGAAGCUGAGGAGCGGCCAGCUGCCACCCAUCGAGAAGAAGUUAGGGUGGGUGCCUUCGUGUGAUGCAGGUGAACGAUGUGCGGUACGAAAAGGGUCUCGCAUCGGUAGACUUUGCAACUGUCCCCGCCGAACUUCCUGCAACAUGUACAUCUUGAAGUGCUUGUGA